UACUAGUUUUCUCCCUUCCAUUCACUUCCCAAACCUCUUUCAAUAAAUCCCCACCGUUCUCCCCUCCUCUAAAUUUCUUCACAUUCAUUAUAUACCCACAUUUUCAUCUCACACACAAACACACACACCGGAGCUCACAAUGAGCUUCCAAGUUGCAUCAAGUUCCGGCGUCCAUGAUGCCGGAAAAAAUAAUAAUCUGAAGGAGGAGGAAGAAAAAACCAAGAAACCGCCAACUCCAAGCGUCUCGUUAUUUAAAUUAUUCGCGUUUGCGGAUUCUUUUGAUUAUUUUCUAAUGUUUUUUGGAUCGGUGGGAGCUUGUAUUCAUGGUGCUUCUGUUCCUGUUUUCUUUAUUUUCUUUGGAAAGUUGAUUGAUGUUAUAGGACUUGCUGCUUUGUUUCCUGCUGCAGCUUCUCACAAAGUUGCCAAGUAUUCGUUGGAUUUUGUAUAUCUAAGUGCAGUUAUAUUGUUUUCAUCAUGGAUGGAGGUGGCGUUCUGGAUGUAUACUGGAGAAAGACAAGCAGCAAAGAUGAGGAUGGCCUAUCUGAGGUCUAUGUUGAAUCAAGACAUCAGUCUUUUUGAUACUGAAGCUUCCACCGGAGAAGUCAUUUCUGCGAUCACCAGCGAUAUUAUCGUAGUCCAGGAUGCCAUUUCUGAGAAGGUGGGAAACUUUAUGCACUACAUAAGCAGGUUCAUAACAGGGUUUAUAAUAGGGUUUAUAAGGGUAUGGCAGAUAAGUCUUGUCACACUCUCCAUCGUUCCCCUCAUAGCUAUUGCUGGUGGUGUUUACGCUUUCGUUGCUUUUGGUCUCAUUGCCCGUGUCCGCAAAUCCUAUGUCAAAGCUGGGGAAAUUGCUCAAGAGGUGAUCGGAAAUGUGAGAACAGUACAAGCAUUUGCAGGGGAGGACAAGGCAGUGAAAUCAUAUACAUCAGCAUUACAGGACACCUACAAGUAUGGGAGGAGAGCAGGUCUAGCCAAGGGUCUAGGACUUGGCACCUUGCACUGUGUACUUUUCCUUUCGUGGUCGAUGCUGGUUUGGUUUACAAGCAUAAUUGUUCACAAGCAUAUUGCUAAUGGUGGAGAUUCCUUCACAACCAUGUGCAAUGUUGUUAUUGCAAGCUUGUCACUUGGACAGUCAGCCCCUGAUAUUACUGCAUUUCUCCGAGCAAAGAGUGCUGCCUAUCCUAUCUUUAAAAUGAUAGAGAGAAAUACUGUAAACAAAAACAGCGGAAAAAAGGGUGGAAAGUUGCAGAAAGUUGAGGGGCACAUCCAAUUCAAGGACGUGUACUUUAGUUACCCAUCCCGCCCUGAUGUGGUAAUCACCAAUAAGCUCUGCCUUGAUAUUUCUCCUGGAAAAGUGAUAGCACUUGUGGGAGGAAGUGGAUCUGGAAAAAGCACAGUUAUAUCGUUAAUUGAACGCUUCUACGAGCCCCUCUCUGGACAGAUUUUACUAGAUGGAAUUGAUAUCAGAGAACUUGACAUAAAGUGGCUUAGGCAUCAAAUUGGAUUAGUUAAUCAAGAGCCUGCCCUUUUUGCUACAACCAUCAGAGAGAACAUUCUCUAUGGGAAAGAUGAUGCGACCAUUGAAGAGAUCACACGUGCUGCAAAACUUUCAGAGGCACUGGCUUUUAUCAACAAUCUUCCUGAAAGAUUUGACACUCAGGUGGGGGAAAGAGGGGUGCAACUAUCAGGUGGGCAGAAGCAGAGAAUUGCAAUAUCUCGUGCCAUAGUUAAAAACCCUGCUAUACUUCUUUUGGAUGAGGCUACAAGUGCACUCGAUGCAGAGUCUGAAAAGAGUGUGCAAGAGGCCCUUGACCGUGUGAUGGUUGGACGCACAACUAUCGUUGUGGCUCAUCGGCUUUCUACCAUAAGAAACGCAGAUGUAAUAGCUGUUGUUCAAAAUGGAAAGAUAGUGGAAACCGGAAGCCAUGAAGAACUUAUUUUAAAACAAGAUGGUGCUUAUUCAUCGCUUGUUGAACUCCAGGAAGCAGCUUCCAAGCAACAACUCCCCUCAAACGGUCCAUUGGGACAACCACUCAGCAGUAAAUUUUCACGUGAAUUAUCUGGAAGAACAAGAAGUUUUGGCGGAAGUUUUCGUUCAGAUAAAGAGUCUGUUGGCAAAGUUGGUUUUGAAGUAGAAACUGUCAAGUCGUCUCCAGUUUCCUCUGGAAGAUUGUACUCCAUGGUUACUCCAGAUUGGAUGUAUGGGGUUUCCGGAACCAUAUGUGCACUUUGUGCUGGAGCUUUGAUGCCUCUCUUUGCCCUUGGUAUCACUCAAGCUCUUGUAUCUUAUUAUAUGGACUGGGACACAACACGCCAUGAAGUUAAAAAGAUCUCCCUGCUCUUCUGUGUGGGCGCUGUUGUUACUGUCAUCAUUCAUGCUAUUGCUCACCUGAGUUUUGGGAUAAUGGGAGAGCGCCUUACUCUUCGUGUUCGUGAGGGAAUGUUUUCUGCUAUUUUAAGGAAUGAGAUCGGAUGGUUUGAUAAUACAGAAAACACAAGUUCUAUGCUCGCAUCUAGAUUAGAGAGUGAUGCAACUUUACUGCGAACUGUUGUUGUUGACCGCGCUACCAUUUUAAUACAGAAUGUAGGUCUGAUCAUCACUUCAUUCAUCAUCGCUUUUAUUUUGAAUUGGAGGCUCACACUUGUUGUCAUUGCCACAUAUCCGUUGAUCAUAAGUGGCCACAUUAGUGAGAAACUCUUCAUGAAAGGGUAUGGUGGGAACUUGAGCAAAGCUUAUCUUAAAGCCAACAUGCUUGCUGGUGAGGCAGUGAGUAACAUUCGCACUGUUGCUGCAUUUUGUUCAGAGGAAAAGGUACUCGAUCUUUAUGGGCGUGAGCUUGUGGAGCCUUCCAAGCGUUCGUUUACUCGUGGUCAAAUUGCUGGUAUAUUUUAUGGAGUCUCGCAAUUCUUCAUAUUUUCAGCUUAUGGCCUAGCCCUGUGGUAUGGUUCUGUUUUGAUGGGAAAAGGACUAGCUAGCUUUAAGUCUGUUAUGAAGGCAUUUAUGGUUUUGAUAGUUACUGCAUUAGCCAUGGGUGAAACAUUGGCAAUGGCACCGGACCUUCUAAAAGGUAAUCAAAUGGUAGCAUCAGUUUUUGAGUUGCUGGACCGUAAGACAGAGGUGGUGAGUGAUGUCGGAGAAGAUGUCACUAAAAUGGAUGGUACAGUUGAGCUCAGGGGUAUUCAGUUCAGCUAUCCCUCAAGGCCAGACGUUCUAAUUUUCAAAGACUUUAACCUAAGAGUUCAUGCAGGCAAGACAAUGGCUCUAGUAGGGCAAAGUGGAUCAGGAAAAAGCUCUGUACUUGCUUUAAUACUUCGAUUUUAUGACCCGUUGGCUGGGAAGAUUAUGAUUGAUAGCAAAGAUAUCAGGAAACUAAAGCUCAAGUCUCUCCGGAAGCACAUUGGUCUUGUCCAACAAGAACCAGCUCUGUUUGCAACAUCAAUCUACGAAAAUAUACUUUAUGGUAAAGAGGGAGCCUCUGAGGCUGAAGUAAUAGAAGCUUCAAAACUUGCUAACGCGCAUAGUUUCAUCAGUGCUCUUCCUGAAGGCUACUCAACUAAAGUUGGAGAACGCGGUGUGCAAUUGUCUGGUGGUCAGAAACAAAGAGUGGCUAUUGCUCGUGCUGUUCUAAAAAACCCUGCAAUUUUGUUACUAGAUGAGGCCACAAGUGCUCUUGACGUGGAGUCUGAGCGUAUAGUACAAUCCGCUUUAGACAGACUUAUGCAGAACCGAACAACAAUUGUGGUGGCACAUCGACUAUCCACCAUAAAAAAUGCAGACCAAAUAUCAGUUUUGCAGGAUGGGAAGAUGGUAGAGCAAGGAACUCACGCCACUCUUGUCGAAAACAGAGAUGGUCCAUACUACAGAUUAAUCAGCCUACAGCAGCAGCAACAAAUGUAACCACACAAACAAAGCAAACAUCAGGUUGAGGGCUUAAUCUCAAGUACAUCUCUUUUCUCCUAGUACCCCCAUUUUUUUCCCUCAACCAACCCAUAAAGUGUUACCAGUGCAAAAAUGAUUAUCUAAAAUAUUCAAAUAAUUGAAAAUAUGAAGUAAAUCCAUACAUAUUGAAUUUCCUGUUCAUUUUACUGUACUAAUAAACUCAGGUAUAGGAAAACUCAUGAUUUUUACUU